AUGAAGCUGAUCAUAGAGGAGAAUUCCGAAAAAGUGGCUGAUUUCGCUGCGAGAUACGUCACUAAGAAGAUCCGCGAAACGCCGAAGGGCAAGUACUUUGUAUUGGGCCUUCCAACCGGGUCCACUCCCCUCGGAAUGUACAGGAGACUGAUCGAAUUCCAUCAGAAAGGAUUGAUCUCAUUCAAAAUGGUCAAGACUUUCAACAUGGACGAGUACGUCGAUCUUGCGCGGGAUCAUCCGGAGUCUUAUCACUCAUUCAUGUUCGAGAACUUCUUCCGUCACAUUGACAUCGACCCGGCCAAUGUGAGUUCGCGAGAUUUCUGCAUCACACAAGCACGUUUUCAGAUUCAUAUUUUGGACGGAAACACUUCGAACCACGAGAAAGAGUGCGAAAACUACGAGAGGAAGGUAGUGGAAGCCGGCGGAAUCGACCUGUUCAUCGGAGGAAUCGGCCCGGACGGCCACAUUGCAUUCAACGAGCCGGGCAGUUCUCUGGCCAGCAGGACCAGAAUAAAGACCCUCAACGAGGAUACGAUCCAAGUGAGUUUGUCGCGUGGAACAUGCGUUCAACUAAAUCUCCCAGGCAAAUGCUCGUUUCUUCGGAGGGGACCUCUCAAAAGUGCCGACGCAAGCGUUGACGGUCGGCGUGCAGACUGUGAUGGAUGCCCGGGAAGUCAUGAUUCUGAUCACGGGAUCCCAUAAAGCACUGGCCCUCCACCAGGCGAUCGAGUGCGGAAUAUCCCACAUGUGCACAGUUUCGGCGAUGCAAUUGCACAAAGGAGCCACGUUCGUGGCGGAUGAGGACGCCACGUUGGAGCUGAAAGUGAAGACGGUCAAAUACUUCAAGGGACUCAUGGGGCAUCACAGAAAACUCGUCGAGUUCUAA